AAAGAUUCAGAAACGCGUUUCCUUUUUCUCUCAUACUGUGGAGAGGGAGACAUGUAAAUAGCAAUCUCAUGAUUUCAACUCCAUAAAUUUCUCUAUUGUUUCUCUCUUUCUCUCUCACACGAUUCGUUUCCCAGAUUCUCACGAACCCUAAAAGAAACUUUCUCAUUCUUCAACACAUUGAGAUCAGAGAUUCCUAAUUCGUCCUUUCUUCAUGUGUCCGUUGAGGUUCUUAUUGGUGUUCUUCUCAGCUGUACUCGCCGGAUAUUUCGCAUGGAAGACGGUGAGUUCUUCGCCUGAGCUCAUCUCAGACGACUCACCUGUCGAAUUGAAUGACAAACAAGGACUCGAUUUCAAACAGAAGAUGGAGAAUGGGUUUUGGGUGUUCGUCGAUAUGGCUAGCGGAAGAUACCUUUGGAGGAAUCUUAAGGAGAUGAGAGAAAAAACUCAAUAGAAGACGAAAAAAGAUUUCAUCUUUGUACUUUUUGGUCUCUUCUUUGUGCAGAAACAACAAUAAUGAAUACAUAGACGUGUGUUAAUCACAAUCCUUCACUUGUUCUAAUUCUUCAUAUGAAUUUUGUAAACUUUGAUUCAUUGAUUUUGUAAUACAAAGGAGUUUGUAACUUUUUACAA